UCCUGCCUACUCCUCGAUCCAUGCGCGUGUGUGCACGUGGCAUGUAUCUGCUCUCUGCGCUUAUCAGCCGCCAUCAUCCGCCAUCGUUCUGCGUCCGUCCAUCUGUUACUGCACAACGUCAGCUUAGAAACUCGGCAACGCAUCGCAGGCAAGAUGGCGGUGAAACGGGGAAAUGAAGCAAGUAAGCGAGGUUUUCUUUCUAACCAGUGUAUCGCCCGUCGUGUGUAUUCAAGGAAGUGACCGAAGAAAGACAAGACAUUAUGCUACUGUUUGUCAGUGUGCGACUCUUAGGAGACUGUGCGUGUGUUACUUAUUUAUAUUUAUGCUUUAAGUACGAUAUGGAGAGUGUACAUUAACUGUGGAUGGAAUAAGGAAAGUGAAUGAAUAAGUGAAGUACGUUCACGCGAAACUACACUUGUUACAAAUCUAAAAUUAUUUUAGAAGUGUACUGUUGCAUACAAAACGUAAGUGUAUAUGGAUUUCGAAACAAAUAGAUAAAGUAGCAGAGAAAAUAAAGAGAAAUGAAAUCGUAUGCGAGAAAGGAAAUAGAAACAAAUAUACACUAAUUCAAAGCAAACAGAAAGAAAUAAAGUACUAUGAGUCAAAUUACAUAAAAAAAAGUGACACUGCCCAUCACGUAGUGCUGAAAAAGAAGAAAACAAAAACAAAGAAGACAUAAUGUAAAAGAGAGAGAGAAAAAAAGAACAACAUAGAUGCAAAAAUACUACACAUACAUUGAACAUCAAAAUGAAAGUGAAGAUAAAACUUGUGGUAGUCCAUCUGUAAUUAGCUGAUUACCCGCCAGUAAAGGUGUGACGCGGUGUGAGGGAAAAUAGCCCACCAUCACCAUAAUCGCCUCCGCCACCACCACCAUCAGCACCGCUGGUUAUGUGAGUACAAUACAAACUCAUCGUGGGACCUCUGCACCACGCCGCGCCGGGGAAGGUAAAUGACAUGUUGAGUUUGUUAAAUCAGCGUUAGGUGUUAGGCAGGGACUCAUAACUACUCACCUUCCCUUCCAGCUACACUUCAUUAACGCAUGCCUUUCUUUUCCAGGUAUGCCUAACUAAUCGGUGUUCUCUUUCAGUUUCACUAAUGUAUAACUAAGUCUUAUUCAGGUAGCGUGGCGUAGGCACCCACUUUUCCCGUCUCCGCUGCAUGUCUCCUUUCCAGCGAUGGAGUGAAGUGGGACUGUGUCAGGAAACUUUUGAGGAGUAAGAGAACUACGUAGAUAAUUUAAACGCAGACCUUCAAUUGGUUAACUUCAUCAUCAUCACUGCAACCACCACCACCACCACCACCACCACCAUCACAACAACAACAACAACAACAACCUUGACGACCAGCACUACCAUCAUUAUCUUCAGCCACACGACCUUGUAACACCACCACGAGCACCACCACCACUACUACUACCACGAGCAGUAUCCUUACCACUAUCACCACAAAGACGACCCUCCACUCAAUAGCAGUACCACCCACGCCGGGAGGGAGGUGCGACUUGCUCUUCGCUUCAAAGGAAAGUAAACUCGCCCCGUACUAAUAAGGUUGGGAGAAAAAAAUGUGAUAAAAAAAUAGAUAGAAAAAAAAAAUCAGCCUGGACACGCUCGAUAAGAAGCCAAUUUACGCAAGAGCCGUAAAAAGUGACCUAAUUUGUGGUUAGAGGGAAUUGUAUGUUGAGGGAGAGAGAGAUGGAGGGGAGCAGGAGGAGUGACUCUACCAUCUCUACCACCACAAAUACCAACACCACUAACAGUACCAUCACCAAAACCGCCACCACCAAUACCGCCACCAAGAGCAGCAUUAACAGUAGCGAGAUGACGUGAGUCUUAGAGUCUUCAGAAACCACCCACAGAUAGAAAGGAGGGGAACAUAGGAGACUAGACGAAAAUAAAUAUCGAAAAUAUUGUACCUCCGAAGACAAAGGUGAUCUCGUGCAAAGAAAAAGAGACAAUAAAGUGGAAGUACUUUGUGAAGAGGAAGAAAGCAGGAGGCGCUGAGACCAAAGGAGAAAGGAACGAUGAAAGGAGAGACGUGAGCGAAGCAAAAAGGGACACCAGGUGUUAUUGGACUGAAAAAUAGACGAACGCUGCUGUGCGAAGGCAGAUGACGCUGGAAAUAUAUAGACAAUGAAUUUAUCUUUCAUCUCAACGGCGGAGAAAAUACAUCUACAGGUUAUACGAGAACACAGCCAGGAGAGAGAGAGAAUGGGGAGGAAAUGGAUAAAACUCCCAAUGGAAUAGUCCCCCAGAAAUAGCUAAUUGAAACCUUAACCAUUUUAUACAGUGAGUAGAUAGAUGUAGAAGCGAAUAGAUAAAAAAAAAGGCAUAAGAAAGAAAUCAUAUACAUAUAUAGACUUAACCAAUGGAAAUACUACAACCACACGUACUCGCGCGCGCACAUAUCGAGAGACAAAACCCAGCGUAAUCUUAGAAGGGAUAGACUGCUCUGAUCCGACGCCGAGCUGAGCACCGUCCCGACGGCAGCCACGUGAGACAGAAGGAUCAAGCUGGUAGCGUUGCGUUCUGAAGACCUGCCACCGCUUACACACCUGCACACACACACCAGCCGGGAUGAUGUGCAGCAGUGGAGCAGUUCUCACCCUCUCCCUCACUCUCCUCUUCUACAUCCGCCUCGUUGUCUGCCAAGAGGACCACAUGUGGUCAGUGACGGGCGUGGCGGGGCGAGCCAGCGAUCUACCCUGUUACCUCAACCCUCGCACACCCGGGGACAGACCCAAGCUGAUCCUCUGGUACAAGAGAGGGAUCCGCACGCCGGUAUUUAGCCAUGACGGAAGAGUGCCGCAGAUGAGGUCAGACAUGAACCAGAAUGGAGGUACGCUGACGGUGAGUAGAGGCGCCGCCACACUCACGCUGCACAACCUCUCGCUGGCACACGGGGGAGUAUAUGAGUGCCGCGUCGAUUUCUUCAAGUCCCCCACGCACACCAACUUCGUCAAUCUUACCGUAGUGGAGUCUCCGAGCAGCGUGGAGGUGGUGGACGGGCGUGGUGGGCAUGCGAGGGGCGGAGUACUGGGACCCUACCUGGAGGACUCCCCUCUUUCCCUCACCUGCAUCGCCAAGGGAGGCUCUCCGCUCCCUAACGUAACCUGGUGGAGAGAGGACCGGUUACUGAGCGAGAAGUGGCACCUUAAGGCUCCCAACCAGGUGGAGAACGAGCUGUGGGUGGAAAAGCUGACGCGGGAGUGGAUCAACACGUCCCUUACUUGUGUAGCCGCCAACACGCACCUGGCCAACCCUGUAUCCGUCACUGUCAAGGUGGACAUGUACUUGUUGCCAACUAGUGUCAUAGUGAUCAACCCCGGUCCGGCGAGGGAAGGGGAGAAGAUGAGACUACUGUGCACCUCCACCGGAUCGCGUCCCUCUGCCAACCUCACCUGGACAGUACGAGGAGUGACCCGCUCAGCACAGAAGGAAAACAUGGUAUACGGCAAGAUGACGAGCUCCACCCUUAUCACCAACCUGACCCGCGAGGACCACAACACCACGGUCACCUGCUCGGCCACCAACCCCGCGGCGCCAGACCAGCCCCUUGCCAACUCAACUUCACUCAUUGUCCACUAUCCCCCAACAGUUAACGCUUCCCUUGGUCGUUCCCUGCGUCCAGAGCUGCUAAAGGAGGGUGAUGAUGUGUACUUCACCUGCUCCGUGGCCGCCAACCCUCCUGCCACAUCCAUCACCUGGUACCACAAAGGCACGCCGCUGGUGCAGAACGUGAGUGGCGGCAUCAUCCUGUCUGGGAACUCUUUGGUGCUGCAAGGCGUGGGGCGGCAGCAGGUGGGCCGCUACACAUGCUCCGCCAUCAACCCCCUCAGCUCCGCCACCAGCAGCCCCGUCACCCUUAGGAUCAAGUACAAGCCAGUAUGCCGCACCUCUCCCACCACUUACUUCAUCUACGACAAACCCAUCAACGUGACGUGCUCGGUGUCCUCCUACCCCCCGGUCAAGGCGAUACAGUGGCAGUGGAACAGUAGCAACGACGUCCUGAGUACUGUGAUCACCGGGGAGGAGGAAGACGACGAUGAAGAUGACGAGGAGCCGCGGGUUUGGGCACAACUGACGGUGGAGCCAACGCAAAGCAGGGAGGAUCGCACGCUCACCUGCUGGGCUGUCAACGAGAUGGGCAAGCAGACUACACCCUGUGGCUUCUCCGUCAAAGUUGCCCAGACACCACUGCCGCUGUCGUCAUGCCGCCUCGCCAACAUCACCGCCUCCUCCCUCAGCCUCACCUGCCAGCGUCCCGACGUGGACGCCGUGGGCACCACCCACUACAGGGCUGAGGUGUACUUCGAGAACAGGACGCUUUUCGCCAACGUCACCUCGGAGCGUCCAAACUUCAACGUGAGUAGCCUGGACGCGGGCACCAGCUACCAGAUCAAAGUGUAUGUGACUCAUGGCCCCGUCACCUCCCAACCAGUGGUCGUGUCCGCCUACACCUCCCGGACCUCCAGGACGCCGUCAGACUCGAGAGGCGGCGGAACAUCGGUAGGCAAGGUGCUGGGCGGGCUGCUGUUGCUACUGUUGAUCGUGGUGGCCGGGGCGUGGAUUCGACACCUGCGACGGAGGAGGACGGUAGCGGCAGGCGAGAGGAAGAAGCACGAAGUUAAGGUUCCUUCUGAUGAAACAAACCCGGACGUGGUGCCGACAGCUGUGGAGGACACAUUCGACCUCCUGUCAGCCGGAGCAGCUAAAUCUGAGGUGCCGAUCCUGACCCCAGUGUAUGAGGCGGUGGCGGCCACACUGUCUGAAGGAAUGGUGCGGAAGUCCAUGGCGUCGGCUGAGGUGUACCCUGCGGUGCGGGGGGCGGGAGAGGGGGCAGGGCACCGCCGCACUGCUUCCAGAGAUGCAGACGUGGCCCUCCUCCAGCACCAGAAAGGCUCCAUUGAGAACCUGCAAGACGUGAGGCAGAAAGGCUCUCCCGGCAGCUUCCCUAGGGUCAGGCUACAAGAGGAGGCAGUUGACUUCUCUGGAAGCAGGAUGGACCCUAGGAUGGGCCCCGAUGACUUUCCCAGGGUAAGGCUCCAUCACAGCCCGGAGCCCUCAGACUACAUGGAGAGGAGUCAUCGGCAAAGCGAGACUCCUGAGGACUUCUCGAGGCCGAGGCAUAUCGAGGCCACUUCCCCCGAGGACUACAGUACCGUCAGGCUCCCCAGCAGGACUUCCGAAGAGUAUAGGGAGGAGGGCCGCCGGGAGGAGCUGUACUGUCCCGUGGACCAGCUGAUGCAGGCCGCAGAGACCGUGGUCUGAGUGGUGUGCGCGCCCAGCCCCUCACCUCAUAUAUCCAGUCCUCCCAUGUGAGGCAGAAGAGGCCCAGGUGCAGGCGGGGACGGAGCAGCGGAAGACGAGGCGGACGACUGGAGGAGACAGUCGAACUCCGUGCUAAUGGAGAACUUGCUACAAGACGUUAAAACUUCAUUACCUGGCCUGUCAGGUGGUUUCUUAGUA